AUGAAUGUCGACGCGACAUUAUCACUCCUGCAAGAACCAAGCCAUCACACUUAUCCCUACGUCUUCGCCAAUCGCACGCUCGACGACCUCCCGUUCGGAGCGUUGGUUUUCCUAUUCGAGAUUGGGAAGAAGGAGAACACACUCCUCCCUUUAUCCAAAUGUGCCAUCGAAUCUCACCAAGUCGACCUGGUCUAUUCGCUCGUCCAAAACUUGCGCGCUCUCAAUACCGCGAUAUGCGACGCCAAGAGACGCGCCUCCGCUCGCCACAGCAACAUAAAGGACAGCUUCCGUCUCGAUGCACUUCUCCCCCUAGGCAAGAGGAUCAUGGACGAUUUUAUCCUGCGCUUGGACGCACUAGUAUGGUUAGAUUUGCAGGGCCAGCCAGGGAUGACGAAGGACGCGCAAUGCUCCAUCAGGAACGGACUGCUCGGCGAGGCUUUGGGGCAUAUCACACAAGUGGUGAUCGCUAUGGAGAACUACAAGUCCCAUGAGGGACGCCAGCCGAAAAUAUCGCCUUGUCGAGCGAUGUCGGAUCCUUUCACGUUCGCAAAAUCCGCGCCACAACCGCCACCUUACAUAUUCAGGGGACGCAGUCUUGAAGAUCUCCCGCAAUUCGCCCUCGCCUACCUCAUGAAGCUUGGACAAUUAGAAGGUACACUGUUACCCACACCAUCCCGUCUUCCUGCUCAUCAAGCAGAGCUCGUGAGAGAACUGCUUGCGGAGCUCUUCGUGGUCGAGAGAGAGAUCGUGGCGAGAAGUCGCAGGGCGAAAAACGCCCCGCCGGUUCGUGGUCGUGGCGUACGCAAGACACUAUGGUGGAAGCAGGCGGAGCAAUUGCAGGACGAGAACAUCAUGUAUAUCAGGGAUGCUCUCCUGCCCAAACGGACGUCGAUAGUCUACAAUUUCACUCUACAUUUUGACGCCCUCAUCUGGAUGGAGCUUGAAGGCAUUGUUGGAGGCAACAUCGACAUCGUGGCAAUACGCGGAGAAAUGCUCCACCUGGUAUUGAGGAGCAUUGAUUCGAUCCUAGAGUCCCUGGAGGCCGUUGUGACACGAGAGGAGCCCGAGUUCGGGGAAGAUGUCUACAGGCGCACCUUACCAGAGAGAAUCAACGCCUCGCUAGACAUAUACAGGAGGAGCCGUGGGCUGAGACUAUGUUACAGCUAUUAG